AUGGGUUUCGCCGCCGGCUUCGCAGGCGGCACAACCCUAACCCUCUCCUUAACCUAUCUCGCCCUCCUAACCCACGCCUCCCACCGCCGCGCCCAAUCCGCCCUCCUCCGCUCCCAAGCCGCCACUUUGGACUCCCUCGUCCCCGACGACCCAGCCUCCUAUUUACCAACCGCCCACAGCCGUCGACGGAACGCCAGUUUGGUUUCGCCCGAUGGGGGGUAUCGUGCGAGGGGAAGCUUGCAAACUUCUUCCCCUGGUGGGAGGGAAAGGGAUAGCACGUUGCCAGUGGCCGGGGGAUUCGUGGAAGAGGCCAAAGCGCGAUGGAACGGGGAGGUGCUAAGUGCGGUGCAGUGGUUGCAGGGAAGGGAUUGGGUGCGAGUAAGGGAGGAUGUGGAGGAUAAAGUAGCGGAUGUGUUGGGAGUGGGGAGGUUGAGUCGGGAACCGGUGGAUGUGCCCCAGCAGGGGCAGGGACGGCAACAGCAGCACCAGCAGGAGGGGCAUGGGGUGGGAUAUACGGCCGGUGAGAGGCUGCAUCAUGCAAGAGACACGACGGUGGCGAUAGCGCAGGCGAUGGAGCAUGAGGCUCGGGAGGUGGUGGUCGAGGCGAAGGAGGUGGUGGCUGCUGGGGUGGAGGGUGCGAAGGGGGCGGUGGAGAGGGGAGUUUGGAAGGCGCAUGAUCUUGUGGAAAGGACGAAGGCGGCUACACACCUUGCCGAGGAGCGAGCGAUCACCAAGGCGGAUGCGAAGUUGUGGCAGGUUUCGGGCGUUGAGCAGGCGCUGGCUGAGCGGUAUGAUAGCGCGUUAAGGGAGAAGAGGCUCCAGAGGAGUGUGGAGGAGGUGUUGAGGGAACGGUAUAGGCCGAUAGACGAGAGGGAUAAUUCGCAUUUGAGGGGGGUAUAG